UCACAAAGAUCUUCUUCUAUUUUUUUUAAUCGACGUGCAAAAGUUAAUGUUUUAUAUUGACGUUUCUAAUUGUAACGCGAUUCGUUUAUGAUACGAUUUUUUGAUCGGCUAAAUAUCUAUAAACGGCGAUGUAUGUAGGUCACUAUAGCGCGUAGAUUCGCGCGAUUCUCUCAAGAAACUUAAUAAAAUAGAUUUUCGUCCGGUAGAAUAAAUAUUCUCUUGUUCGUGAAGGACACUAACCCCACGCCUGCGCUCUAUUAGAAUCCAGAAAACUCAUCUGUACGAGCGAAUUCGGUGGUCCAGUUAGCCGAUCGGUUAGUCGCUUCGCGAAUACCGCGAGACCAGUUCCGAUCGAGAUUUCUAUUUUCGUGAUAUCUUCGCCGCCUCAGUCUCUCGUUAGAGCCGACAGCCUACGCGUAUUUCGAUCGUCGAAAAAUCGCGUUCGGUUUCUUAAAUAUCGAGAGGUCGUGCAGUCGUCGACGGUUUACGAGCGAACGGAAAUGUAACUACGAGUCCUUUGUAACUCUUAACGCGAACCGUGCCAGUACUACGGAGGAUAAAGAAGAAGAGAACGUGACAAUUUCUAUUUCCGCAAUAUUUUCAUCGCGUAAGAACCGAAGAACUUUUAGAAUCGAAUCCGCUGAAAAUCUGUUCAAUUUUAGCGCGUGUCGAAACAAGACGUUUUAUGCACAGCGUUGCUCGUUUCUCUCUUCCGCGAGUGUGGCGAAUAUCGUCGGUGUGAAAUUUUCCGCGAAACAUCAUCUCGGAAAUUCCGUCGGAACUUGCUAAGAAACGAAGAUCCAAGAUGUGCAACAGGUUCAAAUACUCGCGUCGUACUUCUCUAGAUUUCCCUGCGAAAGGCGACGAACGUGUCGCUAAACGGGAUCGUAGCCCGCGCGCUGUACCUCGCGAAGGCGUGAAAUUUCAUUCAUAGUUGGUUGUGCGUGCACGUUUCAUGGAAAUUGGAUAGUUUGAACGCGUAAGAUGAGAAUAGAAGGCGGAAGAGGCAGAUUGAAAACGAAGUUUACCGGCAAAGCUGAAAGAGGCAGAUCAAAAUCUGCACGUGCUUCUGUUCGUCCGCAGUCGCAUAAAUGAUUCGCAUCAAUGAACUCAGAACCGUCGGCGUCUACUUCUUACGAAGAUGGAGUACUGGAUGGCGAGCAACGAGACCGGUCACAAUGGCACAGAGGAGACAAUCCAGGAGGUCCUCAGGGAUCCAGGAUCGGCGGUCCUCUUCGUGGGAUAUCCGCCGUGGCUUUUGCACUUCGCCGCUGGAUGUUGCAUACUCUUCAUGGUCAUCGGCAUCCCGGGAAAUUUAUUCACCAUCGUCGCUCUUUUCCGCACCAAAAAGUUAAGAAACGCCACCGCGAUCUUCAUAAUGAAUCUGUCACUUUCGGAUUUGAUGUUCUGUUGCUUCAAUCUUCCUCUUGCCACGUCAACCUUCUGGCAUAGUUCCUGGCGACACGGUCCGCUUCUGUGUCAACUGUUUCCUUUGUUAAGAUACGGCUUGGUAGCAGUAAGCCUGUUUUCCAUAUUAGCGAUCACGAUCAAUCGUUACGUUAUGAUAGGCCAUCCUAGAUUUUAUCCCAGGAUAUACAAAUCGAGAUACAUAACACCGAUGAUUUUAAGUACGUGGAUGAUCGCAUUCGGUGCCCUGGUCGUUACGUGGUUUGGGAACUGGGGUCGCUUCGGACUGGACGUCGCCAUUGGUUCUUGUUCCAUCCUGCCGGACGUAAAUGGUCGAAGUCCAAAGGAGUUCCUCUUCGUCGUUGCCUUCUUGAUUCCUUGUAUCGCGAUCGUCGUUUGCUACGCGAGAAUCUUCUACAUCGUUCGGAAAACCGCUUGCAAAAGUAGAAAUCGGAACGUAAAUGCCGGCACGGACGCUGUUGAAAGCAACCACGAGAGACGAUCCGUAUCACCGAGGAUCCAGGAGGAAGAACUGUCGGUGGUGGGUUCGAGCUGCGCGGCGAGCGUACUUUGCGCCAACUUCUCCUCCAAGUGCACCGUAACUUCGCCAAACCGGCUCAACUGCUCCAGUACGCCUUCGAGAUCGGCGAUCGAAGAAUCCUUGUCCGAGCAACUUUCGUGGGAACAGAAUUCGGCCGGGUCCGAGGAAGAGGACGACGAGGACGACGACGAGGAAGGCGAGAACGAAGAGGAGAGGACGCGGCAAAGGAGGAAGCAGAAGCAAAAAUGGAAGAGGAAGCGGAAAACGACGAGCCAGAAACUCGUCGACGACUGUGAUAGAGCGAAGCCUAGCUUCGAAAUAAAGAUAGACGAUAUACCAUACGUGGACGAUCUGGACGCGGCUGACACCGUUCUCGCGAAUGACCGAAUUAAGAUCAAAGAAUCGGCUGAGAAAGCUUCCGCGAACGCUCGAAAUAAAUUGGAGAGAAUGACUAGCAGAGCCUCGUUCGUCAUCGAGUCGGCUCUUUGGGUACAGAGAUUCAACUCCAGAGCGUCUAUGGACGGCGACCGGUUGGACAGCUCGAGGUCGAACACGCCGGAUCGAUCGGCCAACAGCAGGAGGAGACCGACGAUGACUCGCAGAGAGUCGAGAUUUAGAAGCGUCCGAAAAUUCCGCAAUUCCGAUGGCCCGCCGAGGAUGAGCAACAAAGACAAAAAACUGCUGAAGAUGAUUCUGGUGAUAUUUUCGUCGUUUCUCGUUUGUUACUUGCCGAUCACCGUUACGAAGACCUUCAAGGAUGCGAUCGAUUGGAGAGGCUUGAAUAUCGCCAGUUACAUUUUGAUCUACUUGACUACGUGUAUCAAUCCUGUGGUUUACGUGGUGAUGAGCUCCGAGUAUAGAAGCGCGUACAAAAAUCUGUUGCUCUGUAGAAACGAUUCCGGGGUGAAGAACGGAACCAGGAGGUCACCGGGAUGAAGAAGAGGGUUCGCCAGUUUGCUCGUGGGCGUGUACGAGCUGGAUUUUAUAGCUGGUUUCAGCGACGGACUUGCAUCGUGGAUUGGACGCGGAUGUUUGUGCGCUUGGAUUAUAUAAGAUAUAGAGAUAAACUGGCGCGGAAUCGUAGGAAGCAAAAUGUGCUUUAACGAUGCGGUAUUUGCUGUUUAGCUACCUGUAAUUAGGACAUUUUUACAGUACGCGUGUACGAGCAGCUAAUGGAUUAUGUUGGCCAAUUAACGUUAAUUUAUAAGGCGACGUGCAGGAAAUUUCUUUCGGUUAAAUUUAUAAUCGUCGUUUUCACUGUUAUGUUAUUGCAAGCUGAGAUUUUUAAGAAAAGAGCGACUCGAGAGGAGUUUACGUGGCUUCGAGAAACGCGUUCGACGACGAAAAGAAUGUCCCUCUGAAGUCGUGUUGUUGAUCGCUUCGUAGUUAUCGAUACCUCUUGCACCAAGAUAUCCGUCUCUUUAUAGCUUAAUUACGAUUCGACGUGGCGAUUAGAAUUUCAUGACUCGAAUUGACGCGGAAGAAAAAGGUGAAUUUCAAUCGCGCAAGAAUGGUAAAUCGAUUCAUGUCCAUUUGCUAUAAAAAUAUACGCAUUCGCGUAAAUAUCCGCGCUCUCACUAUGGAAAUGUAAACUGAAAUAGACGAAUGUUUACGCGCUGUAUAAUUUAGCACGUUUGUUAUAAACGUUGCGUAAAUAUUGAUUAUGUCGAUCGAAGAUUAAAGCAACAUUUCACUCAUCGAGACAUUUACAAACAAGAAGAUAGAAGAAGAAACUAUCUCGUUUACCUAUUUUUAUUAAAAGCAUAUUCAGAAAAUUGUUCGCAAUUUGUAGUGGAAUUUCAUUAGCGGAGAACGUACGUCAAUCGAUUGGUAGAAUCAAUGAAACGGUAACAAAUCAUUAACGAGAUUUCAACCUUUAAGCGCGUUAGAAUUAGAUAUUAUGCUCAAUAACUAUGUUUUAUAAGACGAUACAUCGUGAUAACUUGGUGUCGUUUCUUCGUAUUAUAAUUUAUAGUUCGCAAUUCUGUAGCAAAUACCACAACGUUCGUUGCAACGAUAAUCAUAUUUACUUCUGAAUCGUGAAUUUUAUAUUUUUAUCGCGAAAUGAAUAUCGUUAGCAAAAGCAAAAGCGUAUUUGCCGAAGGUAUGACAAAUUAGUUCCGAAGAUUUCGAUAUUUAACGAAUAACAAUUAUCCGAAGAUACCACGUUAGAAAAUAUUAUUUAUUUAUCGUUACGGUUCGAUCUACGCUUCGAUUACAUUUCAAAGUAACGUAACGUUCAGAACUAAGCGAGAGGUUCAAAGGAAACACGGUACAGGUGCCGAGAUGUUCGAUUUGAGAAAAUCGUGAAUAAAAUUAAUCCCCAACCGAGGAGAUCUCUGUGUGUCUCUAAACAUCGAAACGCAAAUAUUCGAGGAUUUAUGCUAUGUCCUGCCUGCCGUUUGCAGAGAAAUACGCUCUCUCGUUUUCAACCCAUCUAAUGAUAAGAGAAACGCACAAAUUUAACAACAAUACAUUUGUAUAUUACGUUCGAUAUCGCAAUGUGUGGACAUUUCGUUCGUGUUAUAAUAGACUGCGAGAGAUCGUUAAAAUAAUCUUUAAGAAUUAACGCAUUAAGAGCUUAGGAAAUUGAACUAAAUAUAAUUACGCACACGGUGAAACACCGCACGAAAGUUAUUGCUAAAAGAAAAUUGACUUGACUAAGAUAAUUAUCAAUUUUUAUAAAAAAAAGAAAAAAAAUGAAUGCGCUGAUCUGUUCGCAUAAAUUACACGUUUAAAGCGUUUGCGACUUGUACAUACACAAUAUACAGGACUGCUAUAGAAAGUCAUACAAGUAGAUCAUAAUAUUGUCCACUAGAAAUGUUUUUAAUAUUCAUGUGCAAUGUAGAAAAAUAUAUAAGAGUGAUACGUUACAUUAAAUGUAUGUUAUAUCGUAUAUUAAUUGUAAUACUAUCAGGAUAUAAGUAAGUACAUGAUACGUAUAAGAAUUUUUAUAAAGAAUCGUUUGUCGUUGGUUGCAAUUUCGUGAGAAUUUUUUACCUCGUAAAAAUACACGAAGAAAAGUACGUAUAUAGGUACUCGGAGAAACGUGUUUUAACAGAAACUUACGUCAAGCUUUUCGAAUUAAAGGUAAUUGAAUAAAAUAGCUGUAUAUACGCUCGUUCUAAAGACAUUAAUGUAUAAGAGCCGGGACUAAAAAUCGAGUCUCUUACGUUCGAUCGAAAUAUAUAACAUUUCCAGUCGGCAAUGGUUACCGUUUGUCUCUAUACGAUGUAACAAAGUCAUUCGUAAACCUAUUUAUCUCGUGAUUUAUAGCUUACUCUAAUACUCUCUGCAACAGAUUGAGCAAUUUUGAAGUACACGUUGUAAAUUGCGACUGGACGAUCGCGUUUCGUUGGUUUCGCCUUAAUCGAUUACAACUGCACUUAUCAGAAUUAGUGGCAAAAGGUAACUACUAUCAAUACACUCGUUACGGAAUUGUCUGGCAAUACGUUAACAUUAUUGUACGCUGUGGUCACAAGAUUUAUAACUAAGAGAGGGAAAAGAAUGAUAUUAAAUAUAUAUCAUACGUAAAAACAAAA